AUGCCUGCUAGACUCUAAAUAUUUGCCUUGAGGAAGAAGUUGGAGAGAAGAACAUCCGCUGCGGCGGCUCGAGGGGGGCAGGGGGGCCGACAGGAAAUGUGCUCACGUCUCCGCGCUUACAGCUCGCCGAGCGAGGAGCCGCACUGGGAGGACCAUCUCCGCAGGAUGUUCUCUCCACCAAAGAGCUCCCUGUAACCGGCGACGAUGACAAUCCCGGCGGGACCUCGGAAAGCACUAACGUUUCAGUAGCCCAGCACCCGUGGGUGGCCGCUUACCCCUCCUUCUCCACGCCCCUCCCUCCCACCACGCCGGGAUGCUGUAUUAACCAAGGAGAGCCCCGCUGCUUUUCUCCUCGCCCCUCAACUUUCGGCAGCUCUGGGAUUUGUAUGGCAGCAGCGUAACCGUGGAGAGGCCGGGGUAUCACAAACUUAUGGAUUUUGAUAAGAGAGGAGGGAAAGGGGAGCUGGAGGAAGGUAAAAGGAUGUCCAAGACGGGUGGAGGAAGGAGCAGUCAUGGAAGCCGGAGUGCUGGAACCAACUCGGGAGUCUUAAUGGUGGGUCCCAACUUCCGCGUCGGCAAGAAGAUUGGAUGCGGCAAUUUCGGGGAGCUCCGUCUAGGAAAGAACCUCUACACCAACGAAUACGUAGCUAUCAAAUUGGAACCCAUCAAGUCCCGGGCCCCCCAGCUGCACCUGGAGUAUCGGUUCUACAAGCAGCUCGGCAACGCAGAAGGAAUUCCUCAGGUUUACUACUUCGGCCCCUGCGGGAAGUACAACGCCAUGGUGUUGGAGCUGCUAGGCCCCAGCCUGGAAGAUCUCUUUGAUCUGUGUGAUCGGACCUUCACGCUCAAGACCGUCCUGAUGAUCGCGAUCCAGCUGAUCACGCGGAUGGAGUACGUCCACACCAAAAGCCUGAUCUACAGAGACGUCAAGCCAGAGAACUUCCUGGUGGGGCGGCCGGGCAGCAAGCGGCAGCACACCAUCCACAUCAUCGAUUUUGGCCUGGCCAAAGAGUAUAUCGACCCCGAGACCAAAAAACACAUCCCCUACCGAGAGCACAAGAGCCUGACGGGGACAGCACGCUACAUGAGCAUCAACACCCACCUGGGAAAAGAACAAAGCCGCAGGGAUGACCUGGAAGCAUUAGGACACAUGUUUAUGUACUUCCUCCGCGGGAGCCUUCCUUGGCAAGGCCUCAAGGCUGACACGCUAAAGGAGAGGUAUCAGAAAAUCGGCGACACCAAAAGAGCCACUCCAGUGGAGGUGCUCUGUGAGAACUUCCCAGAGGAGAUGGCCACAUACUUGCGCUACGUGCGGCGGCUGGAUUUCUUCGAGAAGCCCGACUAUGACUACCUGCGGAAGCUCUUCACAGACUUGUUCGAGAGGAACGGUUACGUGUUCGACUACGAAUACGACUGGGCAGGGAAACCGCUGCCCACCCCCAUCGGCACGAUGCACAGCGAGGUGCAGGUGCAGCCCCCGAACAGAGACAAAGCACAGCCACACACCAAACACCAGCCGCCCGAGGGGACGGAGUUGUGGGAUCCUCAGGCCGGUGGGCAGCCUGCCGAGGAGCCUUUGGGAGCUCACCUGGCAGCCGGCAGGCUCGGGGGGUCCGUCCAGGUGAUGAGCUCCACCAACGGAGAGCUGAACACAGAUGACCCGACUGCAGGACAUUCGAACGCCCCCAUCACAGCCCCCACCGAGGUGGAGGUGACAGACGAUACAAAGUGCUGCUGUUUCUUCAAGAGAAGGAAGAGGAAAACCACCAAGCGUCGCAAGUGAGCUGCCGGGGCCGGGUGGAGCGGCGUGCGCGAGGGCUCCUCUCCCUCUGGCCGUGGCUGGAUCUUGACCCGUGGAGCCGGCGGCGGCGGCCCCUCGGUUGGGCCGGGGCCAAGCCAGCUGGCCUCCCCCGGCGCCCCACACGCAGGUGGGGAGCGGGGCCUCCCCAAACUGCUUGUCCUUUCCUCCGCCACUCGCCCAGUGCGUGGCCGUUUACUCGAACCAAGCCCGACUUCGCUGAAGUUCCUGCGUCCGUCUAAAAGAAAAAAUGAAAAAAGAAACGGAAACAAAUCCACAGCGUCACUUGCUUCUGAGUCUAUACCUAGUUUGACACGGGGAUCAACUGUACAGACUCUAAAACGUCGCUGUCUUAGAAGAAGCCGAAGACAAUUUCGAGAGCAGUGGGCUAAGGAGGAUUUUUUUUUUUUUUUUUCUGUUGCUUCUUUGUCUCUUAAGUUAAUUUAAAGUGAGUCUCGGUGCAGAGUGCUGAGUUGUCAGUCUUUGACCGUCAUCUUCAGUGUUACCGAAUUCUGCUCUUUCAUUAGGGUCCCUUGCCCCCGUCCCCCGUUAGGUUUCCCCUCCCCUUUCGUUAAUGCCUGUGGUGACGAGCGCUGUGGUCUGUGGUACGGCAAGAAGUGCUGGGUGCGUGCGGGGUGGGGAGGGGGGGAAAAAAAUGCGUUUACACUUCUUUUUAUGAUGCACUUUUGCUAGCAAUACAAGUGAUGUUUGGUCUUGCCAUGAACAGCCAGUGACUCCCGGGGGCAGGGGCACCAGGACAGGACUGAGCCGGAGUCAGGCAGCACCAGAGGGACCCACGAGAGCACGUUUCAGAGCGCAGUUGGAAGGAAAAGCAUCUCCUCUCUGACGCUGUGAUGUCUUAGGUCUGGAUUUGUUUCCACAGCAGCUUUAGGUCUGUCAGGCAGCACAGGGCAGGUCCUGCGGCAGUUUUAUUGGCCUUGGUUUUACAGCCCCUGCGCUGUGUGUCCGAGCCCCUCGGGGUGAUGGCAGGCACAGGGCGAGGGCGCAGGGCCUCAUGCCAGGGUGGGCACGGAGGCACUUGGCGACGGUGACCGGAUGGCGAAGGGCACUGGGGCGCCAGCGCUGCCGCAGCCACCGUCCCUGCAGCCUCUGCCUGCUCCCCGCUGCCUCCCACAGUGGGGCCAGGUCUGAUUCUACCAGGGGAGUGGGGGGUAAUGAGGGAGGGAGGGAGGGAACUGGGUUUUUUUUAGCCAUCGUCUCACCCACACACGCAGACCCCCAGACACCCUGUUCCUCACCACCCCAGGGCCACUGCAGCUUUCCCACAUGACCGACCCCGCGCUGUUGUGUGUAUUGAUCACCACACAUUGGAGGGGGGGAGGGGGGGGGCACGCUUAUCUUUACCAAAACCCUGUUGUUCUACCCUGAGAGCGGGGCUGAGGCUGUGCUGAGGCUUCUGGGGAGGGUGGGGGUGGGGGAAAACGGGAACAUCUGUGGCUGCUUUGAAGCAUUUGUCCAAGCCGAGCAUCUCGGGAGGGAGGGGAGGCCCCAAAUAGCACGAGGGGCUGUGCCAGCCCUGGGGGGUGCUCACCCUGCCCUGCCCCAGCACCAGUCGGGCACCUGUGGCCCCAAGGGCGGGCACAGCACCACGGCCCCGCUUCUGCCUGAAUUCAGGAUUGAACCCAGCUUUGGCUUCUGGGCUGCAGCAGCCAGGGCAGCCCCAGCUGCUGCCACAUCCCCUGGCCGCGGUGGGGAAGGACGUGCAGCGUUUGCCCUCACUUCCCCAGCGAGGCAAAGAAACAAAACAAAACAAUCGCCUUAAAUCUUCACUGGAAGCGGACCCUUCUCAGAGCAUCAGCUCAGACAAACCCAAGCAGAGGCCGAAGAGGAGCCGUGGAGGGGCAGGGACGCGGCCGAGGGCGUUUGCUUGACUCCAGCUGCUCACCCGCUGCCGCCAGCAGCUGUGAGGGGGGGCCAGGGCUGCAGCCCCCAGGACUCCCUGUCCUUCCAGCACGGAGUCCAAAUACUGAGAUUGUACGUGAGGGCGUUUGUUCCAUUGCGAGUUUAGUUACUGCUUUAAAACAAAGUGUACAGAAAUGGCAUUUAAAUUUCUCUGAUGCUUCAUUGAAGCCAUAGAACUUAGGGGCUUUUGUUUUUUUUU